AGAGCCAGCUGGAUGGGGUCCACUGGACCAACACACGGCUCAACGCGGGCGAGUUGACUCAUUGAUCUCAACUCAUAACUCGUAACCACUCUUCCAAUCUCAACCUUUCUUUCUGAUUUGGCUAACACGGUGGAGGAUGUCGGAAGGGGAUCAGAUCGACGAUUCCAAAAACGAAGACGCUCCAGGGGAUGAAUCCUCUCAGGUUCAACAAGAGGAACCGGAAGAGAAGAUCCGUAAACGGGACUACAUCGACAUCCGUUCUCACCCCAACGUGAUGAAGCUUCUAUACAAGCAAGGUGAUCAGAUUGUUCUAUUUGCAGAUAAAGUUUUGAAGUUCACUGGUUCUGGGAAGAUGAAAUAUCGAUAUCUGAUGAUUACGGAUUUUGCGGUUUACCUAAUUGACCCUGCAACUGAUUCCCUCAGACGGAGGAUAGCCCUUGCGGCGGUUGAGAAAAUUUGUGUCAGUGAGUUAACUGAUAACUUUCUUAUAGUUAUAAUUCCGACAGAGUAUGAUUUGCUCAUAGCUAGCGCUAGAAAGAAUGAAAUCAUCACUGCCUUUGUUGAAGCUUAUGAACCUGAGGUCGUUUCUUCCAAUAGGUUUGAGUAUAAUGCAUCAUCCGACUUGGUUAAGCAGAUUGAAUUUGAGCAAAUUGAAGGCGGUGUCAAAACAAGAAUUUUGAGGAAGUGAAUUUCUUUUGUAUUUUUGUGAUAAUGUCUGUAACUUGCUGGAUAUACGUACAGGAAAAGAUUGUUGAGCGAUUGUGUCGAAAAGGUUCUUCUUACAAGUUUAAGCAAACUGCACGGGUGAAAUUACCACCGUAUAUGCUUUAAUCGUUUAUGGCAUGUUUGGAUUAUUGUUCCUUAUAUAUUGAAUUUACUUUUGGAGAAGAACGAUAGACUAUGUAUUUUUUUUUAAUGGUAAAUGUAUUUUUGGAAGCUUUCAAACGGCAAUACAACCAUGCUUUUAGAUUCCUUUGGUACUGAGUUGAAACUACGGUUGUCUAAGGGAAAAUUGUGUUGCUGCUGUUGGACGUGCGUAAGAAUUAGUGCAACAUACAAUCAGAUGUGAGUUGUAUCCUAAUUCGUGUCCCGGUGGCAAAAGAUUUGACCUAACGAACUCUCUAUUGUAGUGGACAAGGCUUAUACCUCGUGGUUCAUCUGCGUGCCCCAAAAGUCUGUAUCACUCUCCCUUCCUUUCACUGAAAUUACAGGAAUUAAUAGAUUUUCCCAGUGUUUGUUGAUGGAAGGUUCAAUGGACGUCAACCUAUAGAGAAAACUUACACUGAGUGUAUAUAUUUGUAUAACGGAGAAUUAUGAGCGUUUGGCAGUUGUCUUCAAUGUUAUAUUUCUUCUCCCUUUUGGCA